AUGAUGUACCUGACCGAACAAGUUUUUCUGAAUCUUCCUCUACCGGUCAUAACCGAAAUCAUUUCAUACUUGGAGCAGGCAGAAGUGGCCAAUGUUGCUGUUACUUGUUCGCAACUUUAUCUGGUUGCGAUUAGUGUGCUCUAUCACUCUAUCCAGAUCUUUCCCCUGGAUCCCGCACCUGAAGAGGAGUUUGGUGAUCUCUAUAGUCAGAGAGGAUGCCAGAGUAGAAACUCCAAGACUCAUGGUCGUCUGAAGAACUUCCCAGUGUAUAAGGGCUCGCAGAUCACAACGAUUGAGAAGAUUGCGGCCCUUUCUGAGACACUUCUGACGAAACCGGAAAUUGCGGAGAGAAUACACUAUCUUGAUUUCCAUGGUGGAUUCGGUGAUGAAUUGGUACAAUACUUCAAGAGAGAUAUCGAAGAGCACAUGGAAUCGCAUGCCAUAAACUUGAAGAGACUCCGUAUAGUGUACGAGAGCGGGGAGAUGAGUGAGCUAAAUUCGGUUGGCUCUAAACCGCUCAAAAAUACAAGCCAUGUCAAGGUUGAUCAGCUACACCAGCUAUCGAAAUUGCAACAUAUUAGACUUGAUUCAAUUGCUUUCGAGGUGGAUCAGCCUGAUCUUAGCUCUUUUGAUCUUUUCGCAGACGAAUUUGAAUAUGUCUACCGAGUUCCAAAGCUAUCAUUUUCAACCCUACAGGGUUGUGGGUUGGAGGUUUUGAAAGCCAUGCACUGUGGUCUCGUGAAGUUGGAGCCUUCUGUUUUAACUUUGGAACAUCGACACGAAGCAUCUGAACAUGAAGAAAUUAGAGGUACUGGAGAUGGUGGAGAACAAAGUCUAGUCGAACAAUUAAAUCGAGCUGCAAUUCAUGGAGACGUACCCAAACUUGACUUUCAUAUUUUAGAUGAGAGGAUCCAUCUCUCAAACUUGUCGAUUCUUCAUCUUCGUGUCUCAUGCGCAGAACAUGACGUCGACUUUAUUGAGGCUGGAUGUUGCUGCUUCGUGAACUUUUUGACUAGCUGGCGCCAAUUCCUGUCUGUCAAUGAAGGUCUUCCUAACUUACGAGAGCUCGAACUCUCUGUUCCUCCACCAAGAGACUGGCUCCGCCCGCAUGAUUUGCUAGACGUCAUUGUGACACCUGCGAGCGAUUUCAUCAAAACUUUGACUGGUCUUCGAAAGCUCACAUUUGGUCUUUCGACCCAGACCUUCAAGAUGUAUGCGGAAACAGGCAUGAGUCCUGCUCUCCUCAACCGAAUUAAUACUCGGCUCAUUGAGGCGUUUUUUCUCUCUCUUGGUGGAGUGUCGUCGACUUUGGAGCAUUUGGAGUUACCAGACUUUCUAAUGGCAUUCUUCUUCUACAAACCCCAUUUCAUGGAGCUGCUUCUACAUACUUGUCAAUGUAGUGGGUGUGGCAUGGUGUUACAGGAGUUUGAGAGGCAUUUUAUUGAGGUAGAAGAAUGGGACGAUGACGAAGGAAAUGAGAUAGGGAUAUACAACGGAAACGAAAGUGAUGAUCACGAUGCAGUUGGAAAUGAAAAUGAAAAUUACGAUGGAAAUGAAAACGGAAAUGAACUUAACGAAAUUGGCUCAAAUGACACAGUGAGAGCAAGUUAUGAACAUGACAAUUAUACCCAGACAGGAAAUAGAGAGGUUCAAAAUGAUGCCAACGAUACUCAUUUUGACGAAAAUGAUGAAAAUGAGGUAAACAUAUCUGCUUUGAACAAAAGUGCCUUUUUCCUCAUGAUAGGGCUUGUUUUAGACAAGCUUCAAAAUGAGCGUAAAUUGUUGGCUCCAUUGAACAGAAAGACAGGAUUAAACGAAUGCCACUUAUUCAGAGGUCAACCAAACACCCUAGCCGAAAUCGCAGCCAUCUCAGGUCAAGAGAACUCGCAUAACUGGGAUUUGCUUGUUUCCAUCUACAUUCUGCACCAGAUUCGGCCAGUUCUUCAGUUCUUUAAAAAGCACUUCCCGAAGCUUUCGCUGGUGAUGGUCCAUGGAAUAUACUAUGAGAAAGGACAAGACGGCAACUUUCACAGUGUGUUCGAUUCAGAUGAAUACCCGAGACUGCUCUUUCUGAAUGGGUUCAAGGUUACCUCAGAGAAGUAUGGUCACUAUGUUUUUGAUUGA